GUUGUCAUUCCCAGUCUCUCGUUUCGCCUUGUCACUCGUUGUAUAGUAUUUGCUUCACCUCCAAGCGUUGCCUUUAUUCUUUUCAUUUCCUUGUUCGCAUUCAAGGACAUUUUAGCUGGAAUCGUCAUUGUUCCAAACUCCCGCGAACUGCCUAGCUCUUUAUAAGAAAGAGCUCCUUGUCCGCCGAUCGGAUCAACCGAAACAACACCAAUCCAACAUGGAAUGCUUUCGACAAAUUUUCCGGUGCCUGAAGGCACCUCUCAGACGCGACAAGGGACGGAUUAUUGAGAUUGGCCCUCCCACUAAUUUCCGCAAGGAAGAAUUGCCUGCUUAUUUCUCUGAUGCCGAGUCAGUUCUCUCGCCCAGCCAAAAUUCGACAGAACGAUCACAUCUGACCAAUCAAUUACAGGACGCUCACGUCCCAGGACAGCUGCACAGCGACGGCGGAGAAGGACGGAACGAUGAUCGAAAUGGUAUCUCUACCAUCGUCACCGAAGAGCAAGGUGCGGGCCCAUGUUCGAAGGAUGAGCGUGAAACUGUCAUCCGCCUCCGAGAGCGCAUGAAGUUAUCCCGAUGGUGGAAAUCGAGGUCAGCUGCAGGUCAUGAAACUAAGGCCCCGGCCGAAUCGAUCAGGAUGGAGGAGAUGCGAAACGCCGAAUUAGCGUGUUCAUAG